UUCCCGCGCAGGCGCUGUGAAAACGCGGCCCUGGACAAACAGCCUCAGCUCGCGCCCAGGAAAAGCAGCCCAGAUUGCAGCAAAUAAAUUUUUAUAAAUUGUUAAAAACUAAUAUCUAACCAAAAAUGGUCAUUCAACGCAGUUGGAAAAUCCCCACCGAUGUGGGGGGCUCCCUAAGCAGCAGCGGCAACAACAACACAUCAGCAGCGAACGAAGUGCAGCAGCGUUCCUCUCCGGGCAUCCAGCUGCAGGCAGCCAACUCCUCCUCCGACGACUCCGACUGCUCCAAUCAGACCACACAUUCGAUGGACACACGGGUGGCCAGUCCUCCGUUGGAGGGCGUGAGAAAGCAGGCGGAGAAGGAGGCGUCAGCGGAAGGCAACACAAUCACCCUGUCACUGCUGGGCGAGUCCACAUCCUCGGAUGCGGAGGCCUCGCAGAAAUAUGUAACCACACCGGAAAUGGCGGAGAACAUGUUGCAGCGCAUUCGCCAAAGACUGGGUGGCUCGCACAACACCGAGAGUGGCGGCAGUGCAGAGUCCGCCAUGCGAGCUUUGGAACUCUUGAGAAUCAGCGUACAGCAAGCCUUCGAUGCGGAGGUCAACGAGAUAAUUAAACGAUACAUGCAAAACUACUUUAAGCCCGCCUUUGGCAACAUCAAGGAGAACCUGGGCCAGCACUCGGUGAAUGAGGAAACGCUGCAGAAGAUGUCAUCGUGUGCUCUGCUGGAGAAUGCCAAGGCUCAGUACACGAACUUUGUGCGCCAGCAGCAGCGCCAGGCACUCAAACGCACAGCCAAGCAGGAGAUUAGCCCAGUUAACAAAGUGUUUGUGGCCACCAAACCGAUGCCCUGCACGGCGACCACCGAGAAUCAGAACCCACAACCUGCAGUUCAGCCUCAACAGCUGCAACAGCAGGAGUUGCAAACAGUACAGCCCCUGCAGCAAACACAGGCGCCAAACCAACAGCCACAUCGCUCCACGGUUACUCCGCUGGUGGGUGGCACUCUGCCCACUCCAGUGCGCCGUCAGAUAUUCUGGAACACCGCACAGAUCUCGACCACCACCAAGUUCGUGCUGGAUGUGCAGGCCAACCUGGCCUUUGGCUUUGGCACCGACGGCAAGGAGCGGUUGGCCAGCAAGCAUCCCGAAUUGAUACGCUACCUGCCGGAUGGCGAGGACAGGGAGUGGCUGGCCACGCGCGGCAUUAUUCCCGCCGAGAAUCGCAGCUCGCGGUUCUUGUUUCUCAUCUACGACGAAGUUUGCCGGCUGCAGCAAACGCACGAUCUGUAUCGCCACAAAAGCAACAUUGAUCUCAGCAUGAUGCUCACGUUCAGCGUCACCGAUGCCAUGAUACACAAGAUGCGGCUGUUCUUUGUGGAUCUGAAUAUCAAGAGUCGCGGACUCAUAACCAAUUCGUAUAUUAUGCCCAGCCAGCAGCAGUCGGGAAAUGCCAACAACAGUCAUCUGAGGAAUGCCCUGCUCCAGGGAGCCUCAGCUCAACAACAGCAGCAGCAGCAACAACAGGUAGCCACGCCGCCGUCUGAGGAGGCUGUGCUCAAGGACCUCCCGGCUGCAUCGCCCACUCCCUGCCUGCAGGGUCAGGUGGUGGGCAGCACAACGACGCCGCUGAAGACCAAACUGGGGGCCAGUUCCACGCUCAGCUCCUCGCAUGCCACACUCACGGCCUUGCUGAACAACGGAGGAGUUGUUGUGGCAGCGGCUCCGGCAGGCAAUUCCGCACCCAGCACCAUUGGGAAAUUUAGAAAUUAAUACAAGUCAAUUAGAUUACGUUUAAUACAAUUCCUUUGCCAGUUGGUUAACAGUUAAGAGUUUAAUAAUUUAGGCUGCCCUUUAAAUUAAAUGCAAUAUUUUCAUUCUGUACAUUUAAAUAGAAAAUAUGAGCAAUAAAGAACACAACUUCAAAUAAA